CAAUAAAAGUGUCAAACCAAGUGAUCGCGGCCGUGGCAGAGAAAGGUGUUCGUGAUGAACCCAAAUUCGCAGAGAUGGACCUCGUAAAUGGCUUUUGAUCGGCGCUUGUACAUUUUGUGUAGAGCUAAAACUUUCACCCUAGUAGUUCAGUUAUACGCCAAAACACAGCGUUUGGGCUACGUUUUCAAAGGAGCCCACUUCGAGAGCGGAGCGGAUCAUUCACAUCGCCAUUUUCCGUGGUGGUCUGGUGUGGGCCAGGUCACUUCUUUUGACAGGGUAACGCUAACGUCACACAGCUGCUUCUACUAUCUGUGUGUGUCUACAUGAACUGAUGAGAUGUUGGACUCCAGUGACUGCACCUUGCCCUUAGACAGUCUGUUUUUUGUGAAACCCAUUGUCCACAAAGUAAAACCGUUGCUCCAGGAGGCCAGUCAGCUGGAAAUGCCUCCAUCUCUUUCACAGAUUCCAGCCACUCAGGAUUUGCAGCAGGAGGCAGAGACUCUUUCUACCCUAAACAGAUCAGCCUGUCCUCAGAACUUACCACCAAAACUCAGCGGUUCUUACAACUUCGUCUAUAAUGACCAGGAGAUUGAGAAUACGCAGGGUGGCAGCAACAGCGUCACUAGAUGUGACGGCCUUUGGGCUGAAACGCUUAGUGAUUCCUCACAACACAUCUGUAAUAGUAGCAGAUGUGGAGAUGAAACUCAGCAGGACGCUACUAAUGUGUUCAUGAGCAGAAGGUGUUUGUCUCUGGACUGCAGCAAAAGCCCACCUCUAAGGAGAAGCCUGUUCAAGGUUCAAAUGUUGAACAGUGGUGGUGACUCGUCAAACACAGAUGACCUCCGUAGCAGUGGCAGCAGCAACCAGACAGCAUCCAGACCUCAAACUUUUCCCAGCCAGGUUACCAUGGCGACAGUGCCUCCUCCUCUUCAGCCGCCACGGGCGACAGUUAGGCAGUCAGCUCCUCCUUUCUCCCCAUAUCCCCUCUCCUCAACCCUUCCACUGGGUUCAUCUGCAGCUUGUGGCCGACCCCCACAGCAGGCGCCGCAUGCAGAGAUGCAGGACAAGGGCACAAAGAGAGCCUUCGUUCCACCCAUGACACCUCAGCCACUCCGCUUACAAGGGUCUUGUUGUUCGGAUGUAUUGCGGCCUGUUUCUGAACUCCCAGCUAACUUCAGAUCUGUCUUCAAUGAGUUCCCCUUUUUCAACUAUGUUCAGUCCAAAGCACUGGAUGAUGUUCUCUACACAGCUAAAAACUUUGUGGCAUGUGCACCUACUGGUUCUGGUAAAACAGUGCUGUUUGAGCUCGCCAUCAUUCGCCUGCUAAUGGAGACCUCAGAGCCUUGGAGAGAGGUCAAGGCUGUCUAUAUGGCUCCUAUCAAAGCUCUCUGCAGUCAGUGCUUUGAGAACUGGAAAAGGAAGUUUGGGCCUUUGGGUCUAAACUGUAAGGAACUGACAGGCGACACAGAGAUUGAUGACUUCUUUGAGAUUCAGGACUCGCACAUCAUCCUGACCACACCGGAAAAAUGGGAUAGCAUGACAAGAAAAUGGAGGGAUAACUCUCUGCUGCAGCUAGUCAGGCUCUUCCUUAUUGAUGAGGUGCAUGUAGUGAAAGACGCAACCCGUGGUGCCACUUUGGAGGUGGUGGUCAACAGGAUGAAGACUGUCCAUGCGUACAGGACAGCACAGAAUCCAGAAACAGACCUGACUAUGAGGUUUGUGGCUGUAUCAGCCACCAUACCAAACAUAUCUGAUAUAGCAGACUGGCUGUCUGAUGAGAAUGGUCCAGCAAAAUACCUGCAUAUGGAUGAGAGCCACCGUCCAGUGAAGCUUAGGAAAUUGGUGCUGGGAUUCCCCUGUACCUUCAACCAAACUGAGUUUAAGUUUGACUUGUCACUCAGUUACAAGAUGGCUAACAUAAUACAAACCUACUCCGACCAGAAGCCUGCCCUUGUGUUUUGCUCUACUAGGAAAGGAGCCCAGCAGUCUGCUGCCAUUCUGGCCAAGGAUGCUAGGUUCAUCAUGAGUAUUGAGCACAAGCAAAGGCUGAUGAAAUUUGCAAACUCUUUGCAGGAUUCAAAACUGAGAGAACUGAUUAUGUUAGGAGUUGGUUACCACCAUGCGGGAGUUGACUUGUCUGACAGGAAGCUGAUAGAGGAGGCCUUCACUCUUGGAGACCUGCCGGUCCUUUUUACAACCAGGACUCUGGCAAUGGGGGUGAACCUGCCAGCUCAUCUUGUGGUGAUCAAGUCGACCAUGCAGUAUGUUGGUGGUUCCUGUGAAGAGUACAGUGAGUCUGACCUACUGCAGAUGAUGGGUAGAGCUGGAAGACCACAGUUUGACACAUCAGCAACUGCAGUAAUCAUGACAAAGAUGCAAACCAAAGACAAGUACAUGAAACUAAUGAAUGGGAUGGAAGUUAUUGAAAGCAGUUUACACAGUCACCUAGUGGAGCACCUGAAUGCUGAGAUUGUACUCCAAACCAUUAGUGACGUAAACAUGGCUUUGGACUGGAUUCGCUCCACCUUCCUCUACAUUAGAGCUAUCAAGAACCCUACACACUAUGGUUUCUCUGCUGACCUAGAUAGACCUGGAAUUGAGGCUAAAUUGCAGGAACUAUGUCUGAAGAACCUCAGGUCUCUGUCUUCCAUUGAUCUGAUCGACAUGGAUGAGGAUAUUAAUAUCAAACCAACAGAGGCGGGCAAAUUAAUGGCCAGGUACUGUGUUGCCUUUGACACCAUGAAACAGUUCAGUAAUGUUACUGGAGCUGAGAGCCUAUCAGACCUGAUAGAGCUGGUGUCAAAGAGCAGAGAGUUUAGUGACAUUCAGUUGAGAAUGAAUGAGAAGAGGCCCUUGAACACACUGAAUGUGGAUAAAAACAGGGUUACUAUCAGAUUUCCAAUGGAAGGAAAGAUAAAAACAAGUGAGAUGAAAGUCAACUGCUUAAUUCAAGCUCACUUGGGCUCCAUCUCAAUUCAAGAGUUUGGACUUCUACAAGACACAGCCAAGAUUUUUAGGAAUGGGAUGCGCAUCACCAAGUGCCUGUCAGAGUUUCUGGCUCAGCAAACUAAGAUGGGUUUCUCCACUGUACUCAAUGCUCUGAUCCUGGCGAAGUGUUUCCGAUCAAAGCUUUGGGAGAACUCGCCUUAUGUCUCCAAGCAACUGGAAAAGAUAGGCCACACCCUGUCAACUGCCAUGGUGAAUGCUGGUCUUACCACUUUCAGCAAAAUAGAGCAAACCAACCCCAGAGAGAUUGAGCUUGUUCUCAACAGACAUCCACCAUUUGGAAAUCAGAUCAGAGAAUCUGUCAUUUAUCUCCCAAAAUAUGAAGUCACCCUGGAGCAGCUUCCGAGGUACAGCUGUGCUAUAGCAGAGAUUGUUGUGAAAGUAAAACUGCAAAACAGAGCACAGCUUCUGUCCAGGAGAACAGCCCCAGACCACCACUAUGUCACGUUGAUCAUUGGAGACUCUGACAACAAAGUGGUCUUUCUACAGAAACUCACGGACCUGUUGCUGUUGAAGUGCGGCUGCUGGUCAAAGAAAACUGAUGUGUCAAAGGCCACGAAUGGAGAGGAAAUCAGUGUCAAUCUCAUCAGCUCAGACUAUGUGGGUUUUGACAUCCACCAGAAGUUCUAUGUGUACUACUCUGGAGCCAGAACUUUUGGGACCGAUAAUUUAUGCAAUGAACAACAUAAUCCUGUAGAAUGGGGACCACAACGCUCUGCACUGAAACCACAGUCCACAGAUCAGGCUGCACCUCAUGAAGACAAUGCCUCAUCUGCUGCAGACCAAGGCAAUAAAAGACAGUGCAACCAUUUCUGCAAGAGUAAGGAUCUUUGUGGCCAUGACUGCUGCAAAACUGGUGUAACUGUGGCACGGAAGAGGUCAGCUAGUCAAGAAACCAGUUUUUCUUCUCAUUUAAAAGAGCUGAGGAGCCGGUAUGAUACACUUGCACAGACUCCUGUGAAACGACUCAAGAUGAAAAUGAACUCAGAGUCUGUGGCUGUCAACAUGAAGGAGUUGACUUAUAAACCCACACAGCGGCUGUCCCCUGCUUCCUGGUCUGGGACAAGUGAUUUUAAAGGUUCAGCGAGACCUCACCUUGAGUAUGUGGAUUUGACAGCCCAAGACUGUGUUCAGACGCCUGAAGUAGUAGACGACUUUGAUAAUGGUUCCCCAGCUUGGAUAAACCCAGGAUUGUGCCCGAGCCAGAAACCUCACCACCUUCAAAACCAGAUCAGUGCAAACAGCUCAAAGAGAUCCACUGUGGUUUUAAACCAGGACAUUCUAUGUGAACCAGCUUUGGCCUCACAAAUCCCAAUAGUCAACUUUGAUCUUGGAAAUGAAUGGGACGACUGGGGCGACUUUGAUGAUGAUAACUUGGUUCAAGCCAGUGAGGCGUCCUCUGCCUCUUAUGAUAGACCUCAGAUCCAGCACUCUGUGCACUUUAACGUGCCAGACUUUGCUGCUACAUCAGCACCACUGCUCAUCAGUCACUCACAGGUCAAACCUUGUGUAACAACAGACAGGAUACCACUGAGGUCAUCUUCUGCCAGUUUUAAUCCUAACAUAAGAAACAUCCAACCCUCUCCAGUCACAGAGAACAGACUCACUCUUGACUGGCCUAAAAAGAUUCCAAACCCCUUCAGUCAGGAGAUUACAGUAAAGGAAUCUGAGAAUCUUCUCAAACCGAUGCAUGUGCCUGCUAAAACCACGAAGUUUGAUUUCUUUUCAACAAGCAUCCAAACAAACAGCACCAGCAGCAAAGAGGAGGACGUAUUCAUUGGAAUAUUUGAUGGCUUAUUUUAAAAAUACUGCUCAGCAAGCCAUGACAUCCUCCUUAUUACUGUUAAAUGUUUAUUUUUCUUUAAACUUUCAAUAUUUAGAAUUGUGGACCAUUUGAAAUAUGUUAUACAGUUAUAUUAGUACAGAUUAAUAUAUAGAAAUUGUAUUUAUUAUUUAUUUAUUUAUUCAUUCAUUCAAGUCUAUGUUCAUAAGAUGUUGCAGUGCAUUCAUAGAGAAUAAUUUUCUAAAUCAGCUAGUAGUAUGUCGUAUUUGUACUUUGUGACCUGUACUUCAGUAUUUGUCUUAAUUGAUGUUUAAAGGUCAAACGCAUUAUUCCUUACUAAUAAGUUCUAAUAAAUAAAACAUACAUAAAAACAUA